AUGUGCAGGGUAGAGAGAAAGUGUGGAGGAGGAGGAGAGAAGGAGAGGAGUAUGGGGGUAGUUAAAGGAGUCGAAAAGAUGAGGAGUAGUAUAUCAAGGCCUUCCUCGAAAAUGAAGCUGUGGAUGAUACGGGCAACGACGUCGGUUUUGUUGUGGACUUGUGUAGUUCAAUUGACGACAAUCGGUGAGAUGUGGGGUCCUAGGGUUUUGAAAGGUUGGCCUUCUUGUUGGCCUUCUCAAUCUGUCUCUGCCGCCUUGCAAGAGAAUCUUCCUGCUCUCCCCGCUCGUAUUUUGCCACCGAAGAGGGUUUAUAAGAACAAUGGAUACUUAAUGGUCUCAUGUAAUGGCGGUCUCAAUCAAAUGAGAGCAGCGAUAUGUGAUAUGGUUGCUAUUGCUAGAUAUUUGAAUGUUACACUUAUAGUACCAGAGCUGGAUAAAACCUCUUUUUGGGCUGAUCCCAGCGAGUUCCAAGACAUAUUUGAUGUGGACCAUUUUAUCACAUCAUUAAGAGAUGAGGUUCGGAUAUUGAAAGAAUUGCCUCCUAGGCUGAAGCAGAGAGUGGAACUGGGGAUGACUUAUACCAUGCCACCAGUUAGCUGGUCUGAUAUUUCUUACUAUCAUAACCAGAUUCUUCCAUUGAUACAGAAGUACAAAGUUGUACAUCUAAAUAGAACUGAUGCUCGACUUGCAAAUAAUCGCCAACCUCUAGAGCUACAGAAGUUGCGAUGCCGUGUGAAUUUUAGUGCUCUGAGAUUCACCACUCAAAUAGAGGAUUUGGGUAAGAGAGUUAUAAGGCUUCUAAGAAAAAAUGGUCCUUUCUUGGUACUCCACCUUCGAUAUGAAAUGGACAUGCUGGCAUUUUCUGGCUGUACUCAAGGUUGCAACGAUGAAGAGGUGGACGAAUUGACAAGAAUGAGAUAUGCUUAUCCUUGGUGGAAAGAAAAAAUUAUAAAUUCGGAUUUGAAGAGGAAAGAUGGGUUGUGUCCCUUGACACCUGAGGAAACAGCUCUCACGUUGAGGGCACUGGACAUUGAUCCAAAUAUACAAAUCUAUAUUGCAGCUGGUGAAAUAUAUGGGGGUGGACGGAGAAUGGCAAAUCUUGCAGCUGCUUAUCCAAAACUGGUCAGAAAGGAGACACUGUUGGAACCAUCAGACCUUAGGUUCUUCCAGAAUCACUCAUCUCAAAUGGCAGCAUUGGAUUAUCUUGUUGCAUUGGAGAGUGAUAUUUUUGUUCCUACCUAUGAUGGAAACAUGGCUAAAGUUGUUGAAGGCCAUCGCAGAUUCCUUGGCUUUAAGAAGACAAUUUUACUGGAUAGAAGGCUUUUGGUUGAUCUGAUAGAUCGAUACUCUAAUGGAUCACUAAGCUGGGAGGAAUUUUCAGAUGCUGUAAAAGGAUCCCAUGCAGAUAGGAUGGGGGGCCCAACAAAAAGGUUGGUGAUCCCUGACAGGCCUAAAGAAGAGGAUUACUUCUAUUCGAACCCAGAAGAGUGUUUGCAGUCAUCAGAAGAUCCAUUGAGCAGUACGUGA